UUGGUUAAAUAAAAUUAAAAAAAAAGAAAAGAAAAGAAAAAACUCAUACCCGGAAGCGGAAAUACUGUAAUUUACGCUUUAUGAUACCGCGGGAUAGGAGUCUUCUAGAAAUGAUGAAAUACGGAGAAAUAAACUCUGCAGACGUGAACCUUAGAUUUGUAUAAAAGUUUGCAUGUGUUUUUGUUGACGACGUGUGAGCAUUAUCCAGAGUAUCCCGGAUGUAACUCCCUCACAGCUGUGGUCUGUAAACUUCCUGAAGAGCGACUGAACUCACAUUUUCUCCUUCCAGGUUGUAUUCAGAAUGCGGAACCGCCCGAGGGGAUCCCAUCUGGGCCUGCUGCUCCUGGCCUCCCAGCUGUUCCAGGUGGGCUUGGACAACGUACCCCCCGUCACCCUGGCUGUUCUGGGACUCAAUGCGUACCUUUACCUGUUCCCUGCAGCUCCUCUGAUGAAGGCCUGUGUGAGUGUCCAGCAGGCGUACUGGUUUAGAGACUGGCGCCGCCUCCUGCUGUCCCCGCUGCACCACGUUGAUGAUUGGCACCUCUACUUCAACAUGGCGUCCUUCCUCUGGAAAGGGAUCAGUCUGGAAAGACGUCUGGGUGGAGCCUGGUUCGCCUACCUGCUGUCAGUCUUCUCUCUGCUCACAGGAUUGGUCUACCUGGUGCUGGAGGCGGGGCUGACGGAGCUGACCCAGGAUCAGUCCUACAGUAUGGUCUGUGCUGUUGGCUUCUCAGGCGUCCUGUUCGCGCUGAAGGUGCUCAAUAACCAUUACAACCCUGGAGGAGUGACGUAUGUGAUGGGGUUCCCUGUGUCCAAUCAAUACGCUAGCUGGGCUGAGCUCGUGCUGAUCCACAUAACUUCACCUGGGACUUCUUUUGUUGGUCACCUGGCAGGUAUCCUGGUGGGUCUGCUCUACACAGCUGGACCACUGAAGGCCAUCAUGAAGAAAUGUGCAGCGCUCGUGACAUCAAACGGAUAUAACUCCCGGCCCGGUGUGAACUUCAGCUCUUCAGGCUCUUCAGGCUACAGAAGCACUGGUGGAGGAUACUCAGGAUACCAUCAGUAUGCACCCAAUGAUGCAUCACCUCCUUCAUCAUCUUACUCAGGAGGAAUGACGGAGGAAGAGCAGCUCGAGGCAGCCAUCAGAAACAGUCUGAAUGAGAGGGGACAAACCAAUCAGAGAGGAGCUCCGCCUCCUCCUCCUUACGGUUUCCACCUGCCACCGGAGGCCAGCGCUGAGGAUAUCAGGAUGCGGAGACUGAGGAGGUUUGACUGAUCUGCUCAGCAGCCAAUUGGAAGAAGGUUUUUACGUGACAGAACAGAAGAAGAAGAAGUCUUUCCUGAAGACUAACUUAAGACUUUGACAUGCUGAAGUAGAGCGGCCUGAAUGAGAAGGUCAAACCACACAGUGUGACACAUAAAGCAGCUCAUUGGCUGUGUGGAGCGGUGAUGUCACGUUGGUCUGAGUGUUACCAAAGAGUUCAUGUCUGCCUUAGAAAGCUGCUUGUGUGUUAUAACUACAAAGUUCAUAUAUGUUAAUGAGCGGCUUUGGGCGCAGCAGUGAAGUUCUCUUCCAGUUUGCUGAAUUUAAAGCAAAAAAAAAGGGAAAACUAUUCAAAAAGGUAAUUUCUUCAAUCAAUUCAAGAUUAGAAACAGGAACUUAAAACAUAUUAAAUGAGUUCUUACUGUUUUCAAUUUGAAAAGCAUCUUUGUAAAAAUGUAACUAUAUAAAAUGUUUUCUAUAUUCAAUCACAUCUGACUGUCUACAUCUGAUUUGAGAACUGCGACCCGCCUGGUGUCUUUUGAUCCGGGGUCUAGAUGGAAAAAAAAAACUGUGGAAUCAGCCUUUCUGUGUUCUCACACUUAGGAAAAAGUUUUCCCAUCUCUCCAAUUUGAAAUCUCUGAAGAUGUUGUAUGAAGAUGGGUUUUUGUGCCUUUAUUGGAGAGAGAGAGGCGACAGUGGAUAGAGUUGGAAAUUGGGCGAGAGAGAGAGUGGGGGAAAUCAUGCGGGAAAAGAGCCGCAGGUCGGAUUUGAACCUCUGCACAUGGGACGCAUGAGACAACCACUUGUCCACUGGCACUCCCCCCCCCCCCCUUAUUCUGCUGCUUAAAGCAUAAAGCAUCAUUGAAAAACCAUGUGGGCCAUCUUCAAGCAGAUAUGAAGCUGUAGUUUAAAUGUUAAACUGGAUGUUUUCAUGAGAUGAAUCUGAAUAAUAAAGUAUUUUUUUAAAGUUG